ACUGUUGGGACCUGGGAGAAAUCACAAGGGGAGGAAGCCGUGAAGAUCUGAUACGGCGUCGAUUUGCCAAGACAGCACGGACUCUGGUUAAUUCCUUCAGGUGGCACGAGCCUCCCGCACGGGUCUAUCCGGACCGCACUGCAGCCUGGCUUUGCUCUCCCGCCUGUCAAACCAAAAAUCCUGAGUAUAGCCAACGCGCGUACCUGAACGGACAAGAGGGUUUGUUUGGUUCAUGGUGUUUUCAACUGGAUUAUCACUUUCGAUAGAUACAAACAAGUGGCCAGCAGCCACCGGAGUCAAACCCAGGGAUUACAAUUGUGUGUAAAGCCUUGGUUACGCGUGCAGCGUCUGCAUGCGCGCCUCCUUUUCAAAUCAGAGAGCAAAGUGCUGAUAAACCCACUCCACCUGGACUUUCGACCUGAGGAAGGAGCUUCUUGGUGAACUGCAGUUGACAGGAGCGGCACCGACCGAAUUGCUACUGGGAAACUGAGAAUCCUGCGAAAAUGCCUCUCGCUCAGAUCGCGGAGCCAUGGCCCACCAUGGAACUAGUGCAGCUCGAAACGGAGAAUGGGCAGAGCACUGCUGAGGAUGGAGUCACGCCUGCUGUCAAGAAAGAUUCUCAUAUCACCUGGAAAGAGAGGGACUUUGCCAAUAUUAGAAAUCAGGAAGAUGGAGAUAUCAAAGAGAUCAACAUUACCCAUGUGGUCAAGGAGGGCUCAGAGAAGGCUGAUGCUUCUCAGUUUGAACUGCUCAAAGUGUUGGGACAGGGAUCGUUUGGCAAGGUGUUCCUGGUGCGAAAGGUGACCGCUCCCGAUGCCAACCAGCUCUACGCCAUGAAGGUCCUCAAGAAGGCCACGCUGAAAGUGAGAGACCGUGUGAGAACUAAGAUGGAGAGAGACAUCCUAGCUGACGUCAACCACCCAUUUGUUGUCAAACUGCACUAUGCAUUCCAGACUGAAGGCAAGUUGUACCUGAUCCUGGACUUUCUCAGAGGAGGAGAUCUCUUCACCAGACUCUCCAAAGAGGUGAUGUUCACAGAGGAGGAUGUGAAGUUUUAUCUAGCGGAGCUGGCGUUAGGACUGGACCACCUCCAUAGCCUGGGCAUCAUUUACAGGGACCUCAAACCUGAAAACAUUCUCCUGGAUGAGGAGGGACAUAUCAAACUCACAGAUUUCGGCUUGUGUAAAGAAGCCAUUGAUCAUGAGAAGAAAGCGUAUUCCUUCUGUGGUACUGUGGAGUACAUGGCACCUGAGGUUGUGAACAGGCAGGGACACGACCAGAGCGCCGACUGGUGGUCAUUUGGAGUACUUAUGUUUGAAAUGUUGACUGGAUCGCUGCCAUUUCAAGGAAAGGACCGCAAAGAAACUAUGAGCCUGAUUCUGAAGGCGCGCCUGGGAAUGCCUCAGUUCCUCAGUGCAGAGGCUCAGUCUCUGCUCAGGGCUUUGUUCAAGAGGAACCCUUCCAACAGACUGGGAUCUUGUGCUGAUGGUGCAGAGGAGAUCAAACGGCAUGGUUUCUUCUCCACCAUCGACUGGAACAAACUCUUCAGGCGAGAAUUAAAACCCCCGUUCAGACCAGCAGUGGCGCGUCCCGACGACACCUUCUACUUUGACUCUGAGUUCACCUCCCGUACCCCUAAAGACUCCCCCGGUGUGCCCCCCAGUGCCGGAGCUCACCAGCUUUUCAGAGGCUUUAGCUUCAUUGCGUCGCCUUUGUUGGACGAGGAAGGGUCUGCGGAGCCAGUCAAGCCUCACCCAGUUGUCCAGCAAUUACACGGAAAGAACCUGCUGUUCAGCGACGGCUACGUGUUGAAGGAAGACAUCGGCAUGGGGUCCUUCUCUGUCUGUAAACGCUGUAUCCACAAAGCCACCAACACAGAAUACGCUGUUAAGAUGAUUGAAAAGACCAGCACAGACCCCUCUGAGGAGAUUGAGAUUCUGCUUCGAUAUGGGCAGCACCCUAACAUCAUAACACUGAAGGAUGUGUACGACAACGGUAAGCAGGUGUUCAUGGUAACAGAGCUGAUGCGUGGAGGAGAGCUGCUGGAUCGCAUCCUCAAACAGAAGUUCUUCUCGGAGAGAGAGGCCAGCUCUGUGCUUCACACCAUCACCAAGACGGUGGAGUACCUACACUCACAGGGGGUGGUGCACAGAGACCUGAAGCCUAGCAACAUCCUCUAUGUUGAUGAGUCGGGGAAUCCAGAUUCUAUCAGGAUCUGUGACUUUGGCUUCGCUAAGCAACUGCGUGCCAACAACGGCCUGCUGAUGACCCCGUGCUACACUGCUAACUUUGUAGCUCCUGAGGUGUUGAAACGUCAGGGCUAUGAUGAAGGGUGUGACAUCUGGAGUCUAGGAGUCUUACUGUACACCAUGCUGGCCGGCUUUACUCCAUUUGCCAACGGACCUGAGGACACCCCAAAUGAGAUCCUGAACAGAAUAGGAAACGGUCACUUCAGUCUAGUUGGAGGCAACUGGGACACAGUGUCUGAAGCUGCCAAGGAUCUUGUGUCGAAGAUGCUUCAUGUGGACCCGCAUCAGAGACUGACUGCUCAGCAGGUCCUCAAACAUCCCUGGAUUAUCCAGAGAGACAAACUGCCCAACAGCCAGCUCCCUCAUCACGACCCCAAACUGGUCAAGGGUGCGAUGGCGGCCACCUACUCUGCCCUGAAGAAGUCUCAACCAACUCCAGAGCUGAAGCCCAUCGAGAGCUCCUUCCUAGCUCAGAGGCGCGUCAAGAAGCUUCCCUCCACCUCCCUGUAGAGACUCUAAACAUCCAAUCGGCUCAGUGGAGACUGACCAAACUGCACCUCCUGGCUACAACCACCCAGUCAAUUUGCACGGGGACUCAAGUGUCCACCCGCCUCUACCAGCCAAGGAACACGGACUGUGGUCCUGCCCCCAUCUUGUAACAUCAGUACUGCUCUUGCUAUCAUCCUCCUUGUUCUGGCUUGUCAAGUGCUGUUAGCCAGUCUCAUUGGACUAGCAAAAUAUCAUGACGAAAGAUGGGGGCGAUGAGGGUUAAAAAAAAAAAGCCUGGCUGCAGGUUUUUGGCAGAUGUAUAAGUGAUGAGUGUGUGUAUGUGUGAGUGAGUGUGUUUGUGCAUGACUAGAGAAUGUGACAAUGAAAGUUUUCUCUCCUCAUCAUUGCUGUGAUUGGUUGUCAUCCAGCUUGCUGCACGCCUGUCUGCCUGUUUUGUUGUCUGUCUUCCUGUUCUUUUUGUAAAGUUAAUGAGCUUUAUAUUACCGGGUGUGCUGCCAAAUCAACCCGUGCCGACAGCACAAAACCACAGUACUGUCCAACUGCUGUUAAAUGUUUUCGAAAGAGCAUUAUUAUCAUGAAUAUUAAACAUUUCCGCCAUAAAUGCCUCUUUGGCUUUGGUACAGCCAGAAUAUGUGGAUUCUGAGAAAUGUCAAAUGCUGAUGUUUUGGUUAGUGUCAAUGUAUGCUUGUACUUUGUUUUACAGAGAGCGUGCGUGUGUGUCAGUUGCAUGACUUGCAGUGUGUCUGUGUGUGGGAGCGUGUGUGUGUGUGUGUGUAUUCUGUGAGAUGCUGCAGGGUCAUGUGCAUGGUCCGGUGACGUGAUGAUGUCAUGUGGCUUUCUUGUUUUCUCUGCUCUUUUCUCUGCUCGGUCAACCCGCUGGCAACCAUUUGAGAUGUCUAUUCAUUUUAUUACUACAAAAACUAGUAAAAUUGGUGGCUUUCUGUGAAAGAAAACUUGCCCAAGGAACAAUGUGGCAUGUUCAAAUUCUAUAUUUGCUUUUUUUCCCUGUCUUUUGUUUUCACUGUGUUUCUUGGAUAAUGCAUAUUGAAUGCUGUUUCCUAUAUUGGCUGCUUUUGUUGUUGAUUGUUUUUUUUUGUUUUUUGUCCAUAGAAAGAGGUGAUUAAAAAUAGUGAUAGACAUGCUGAGCACAUCAGUCUGUGCUCUUAAUGCCAUACAGGUCUUUCCUUCUGUUUUGGGAUGUGAAAGGGUAGAAAGGCUGACUUUUUCUUUAUUUGAGCACUCAACACAGCCGCCCUCUUAUAAAAAGUCAAAUCACUGGUUGCUCAUACCACACAGACCUUCAGCAGUCGUGUGUCUUUCGUGCACGUUUCUGUACAUUAUAUAACUUGUUUUCAUUUUAUUGAUGCUCAUUUUGAGACAUCCUAAAGAAGGGUUAAUGUGUCUCAUUGUAAGUGGCUUCACAGGACAGGUACCGCUUUCAGCUCUGUGCCUGGACCUAUAGGUGAGGCAGAAUGUCUUACAUGAUAAACACAUGAAGAACGAACCAAACAGCCUGUGGGCUACAUGUGUAGAAGGGAAGACGUGUGUGGCUUAAUCUACGAACCAGCUGUCUUACCUCAAAAGGGAUCAAAGUUAUAUUAUAAUUCUUGUUUGGUGGCAAAUUUAUCCCAUCUUUGAUUACAUUUAUGGUAAGAUGUUAUUGUAUGAUAAAGAUGAAGAUUUUUAUAUCUUACAAAUAUUAAAAAUUCAGUUGCUACAACAAA